AUGCGCCGUCUCCCGCCGCCGCGCGCCUCCCGCCGGCCGCCAUGCCUCCCCGCUCCUACGCCUGCCGCCCUCCCCGGCGUCGCCGUAGCGACGGUGCUCCCCCUCAUCGAGCGCGCCAUCGCCGUCGGCGACGUCCGCCGCCUCGGCGGCGCCGCGCACGCGCUCCUCGUCAAGACGGCGCUCACCCACCACACCCUCCUCUCCAACCGCCUCGUCGAGCUCUACGCCGCGCUCCCCUCGCCGGCCGCCUCCCGCGCGGCCUUCCAGGAUCUCCCGCACAGGAACGCGCACUCCUACAACAACCUCCUCGCCGCGCUCUCCCGCGGCCCCGCCACCCUCCCCGACGCCCUCCACCUGCUCGACGUCAUGCCUGCCUCCUCCCGCAACGCCGUCUCCUACAACACCGUCAUCUCGGCCCUCGCGCGGCACGGCCGGCAGGGGGACGCGCUCCGUGUGUUCGCCCGGAUGGCCAGGGACAGGUGCCUGGGGCCCGAGGUGGCCUUCGACAGUUUCGCAGUUGUCAGCGCCGCGAGCGCAUGCGCUGGGAUGGGCGCCGUGAGGCCGCUCCAACAGCUGCACGGCGCCGUAGUAGCGUCAGGGGUGGAGGUGACGGUCAUCAUGGCCAACGCUAUGCUGGACGCCUACAGCAAGACCGCGAGGAUGGAGGACGCUAGGAUGCUGUUCAACCAGAUGGGCAUCCGGGACACGGUCUCUUGGACGUCGAUGAUCGCAGGGUACUGCCGCGCCAAGAGGCUCGACGAGGCGGUGCAGGUGUUUGGCAUGAUGCCAGAGCAGGACAGUAUCGCAUGGACGGCACUCAUCUCUGGGCACGAGCAGAAUGGGGAGGAGGACGCUGCUCUGGAACUCUUUGAGCAGAUGCUGGCUGAGGGGAUGGCACCGACACCCUUUGCUCUGGUGUCAUCUCUCGGUGCGUGCGCCAAGCUCGGGCUUGCUACGCGAGGGAAGGAAGUGCACGGCUUCAUCUUGCGCCACUGCAUCGGUUCAGACCCUUUCAAUAUCUUCAUCCACAAUGCCCUCGUUGACAUGUACUCCAAGUGCGGUGACAUGGCGACUGCCACGGCAGUGUUCGAGCGUAUGCCUCAGAGGGACUUCAUCUCCUGGAACUCCAUGGUGACAGGGUUCUCGCACAAUGGCCAGGGGAAGCGGUCGCUUGCUGUGUUCAAGAGGAUGCUUGAAGCUCAAGUGCAGCCGACCUAUGUCACUUUUCUGGCUGUCCUAACAUCUUGCAGUCACGCCGGUCUAGUCGCCGAUGGCCGUCGGAUUCUUGAAUCAAUGCAGCACCAUGGGGUUGAACCAAGGGCUGAACACUAUGCCUCCUUCAUAGAUGCCCUUGGUCGGAACCGUCAGCUGGAAGAAGCAAGCGAGUUCAUCAAAGGCUUGUCGUCCAGGGUCGGUCCAGGUACAGCUGGAUCCUGGGGGGCACUUCUUGGUGCAUGCCGUGUUCAUGGCAAUAUCGAGAUUGCUGAGAAAGUGGCAGAGUCCCUUUUCCAGUUGGAGCCUGGGAACAGUGGUCGGUAUGUCAUGUUGGCAAACAUUUAUGCAGCGGCAGGUCAGUGGGAUGAUGCUCGCCGUGUCAGGGCGCUUAUGAAGGGGAAGGGUCUGAGGAAGGAACAAGCUUGUAGUUGGAUCGAGGUGCGGAGUGCAAAGCACAUAUUUGUUGCUGACGACACGUCUCACUGUGAGGCAAAUGAGAUAUACGAGAUGUUGGACAAACUGUUUGAUCAUAUGCAUAUUGUUGUGGAUCCUAUCGAAGACUAGCUUGCGCUGCGUUGAGGGUUCAUCCCUUCUCAAAUCAUUGUGAAGUAUCAGCACUGGUAAUUCAGAAGAACAGAACUGCCAUGCAGAGCAUGCUGGGCAAGGUUCUCUGUUUUCCAUCCAGCAUCCUUGAGAUGGCAAAAUAUUCCAAUUUAAACAGCAUGAGGCUGCAAAGGAACUUCAGGGUCUAGCUUUCUUUGCAUAGUCUGACCGGAACCAUAUUUUGGAUCCGCCCUGCCCACCACUUCAGCAUGUGCCGCCAGACACCGUUAGCAACACAUUGAGGCUGUGUUGUGUUAUAUGCAGCCAGUCUGUAUACAGUCCAGUAUCUGAUGAUUGGUCUUGCUCCGGAUGUUUGUUUGGCUUAUUUAUGUGGAACAAGGACAGUCCAUCCCAAUUCAUACCGACAAAGCAUCUCUUAACGUGCCCCAAGCCUCAACCACCAUCAACAUCAGAAAUGGGGAACCUACAAUGAGUGAGGACUAUGGGUUUGCUUCCUUCACUGAUGACGAUGAGGAAGAAACUCCAUAUCCGUACCGCUCAGAUGGGAAUGUGCACACAGGUAGUAAUAGAUGUCAGGACUCUCUCCAGGGGAAGGAUGUCAGGGUAGUUGGUCAUGAAGGCACCAGCUCAUCACUGGAUUCCCAGCGCGAAGUGCCCUCUUCCAGUACAAAAGUGAGGAGUGAAGAAGCUUAAAAGCAUCUGAUUCAAAUUCAAAAGGCAAGCAUCCAUUCAGGGACCGUGUCUCUUUGAUCAGAUUCACCCAGAGAACAAUCUCCACUCUUCCACCACACAAUGACACAAUGCUCUCAGAACU